AUGGACCAUGCCAGAGCAGCGAUCUCUAACUUGUUCAGUGGUGAGCCGAUGUCAUACACGCGCUUCAGCAUUGCCCGGCAAACAGAUGGAGACAACAGCCAUGUGGAGAUGAAGCUGUCUGCUGAUGAUGAGGAAGGAGGAGAAAUUGGGAGACCAGAGCACCUGCAUGCCAGCACACCUCCUCCAUGGAGGAGUGGCAAGAACCUCUGCUUCCUAGUCAUAACAGCUGUCCUCCUCCUUUUGAUUGGGUUUCUGAUCGGCUACUUGAGUUAUCGUGGACGAAUGCAGAAGGCUAGCAGGUGUCUAGAUGGAAGUGGCAAGUGUGAGAUGACUCCUACUGCAUCUUACUUAGCGGAUGAUGAUGAAACUGAGGAAGAAGAGGUUCCUGGACCACCUGUCUUCUACUGGCCUGACCUCAGAGCCCUGUUGUCAGAUAAGCUGUCAGCUGGACACCUUCAGGACAGCUUGAGGCAAAGAGCAAAUACAUACUCUUUUGAAGCUGGCCAGAGUGAAGAUGAGAGCAUUGCUAGCUACAUUCAUGACCAGUUUACCAGCUUCCGUUUGGAUGAAGUGUGGAAUGAUGAGCACUACAUUAAGCUGCAGGUCAAAGGCAGUAGCAACAACAAAGUGUCUAUUCUGGAAGAUGGCAAAGAGGAGGAACUGGAGAGUCCUAAUGCAUAUGUGGCAUACAGCAAGAGUGGCUCAGUUGUUGGCAAACCAGUCUAUGUGAACUAUGGACUGAAAGCUGAUUUUCAGAAGAUACAGAAGUGGGGUGUUUCACUGAAUGAAACUAUAAUAAUCUUCAGAGCUGGCAAAAUAACGCUUGCUGAGAAGGUUGCAAAUGCCAAAGAGGCAGGAGCAGUUGGUGCCCUGAUGUACCUGGACCCCUACGAUUACAGGAACACAGAUGCACUUGUCCCCUUUGGACAUGCCCACCUUGGAACUGGAGACCCUUUCACCCCAGGCUUCCCUUCUUUCAACCACACCCAAUUCCCACCAGUGGAAUCUUCUGGACUACCUCGCAUUGCUGUUCAGACUAUCUCUAGCCAAGCAGUAGGCAAGCUGUUCAGCAAAAUGGAUGGAGAGGGAUGUCUUCCAGAGUGGAAAGGUGGGGUCAUGGGAUGUAAGGUGAUGCUGAGCCGCACAAGCAAGAUGACAGUGAAACUGAGCGUGAACAACGUCAUGACGGACAGGAAGAUUCUGAACAUCUUUGGUGCUCUCAAGGGAUUCGAAGAACCAGAUCGGUAUGUUGUGCUCGGAGCCCAGAGAGACUCCUGGGGCCCAGGAGCAGCCAAGGCUGGUGUUGGAACUGCCAUAUUGUUGGAACUUGCCCGUGUCAUCUCAGACAUUGUGAAAAAUGAUGGCUACAAACCAAGGCGCAGCAUCAUCUUCGCUAGCUGGAGUGCAGGAGACUACGGAGCUGUAGGUGCUACUGAAUGGCUGGAGGGGUACUCUGCCACACUGCAUGCCAAAACCUUCACUUACAUUAACUUGGAUGCUGCAGUCCUAGGCUUCAACCACAUGAAGAUUUCUGCUAGCCCAUUGCUGUACACGUUGCUGGAGAGAACUAUGAAGGGGGUGAAGGACCCAACAAAGGAUUCGGGAAGCCUGUAUGACAGAGUUGGCUCUGACUGGGUAAAAACAGUUGUUCCCCUUGGUCUGGAUAAUGCAGCAUUCCCUUUCCUGGCCUACUCGGGAAUCCCGGUGGUUUCCUUUGGUUUCUGCAAUAAAGAUGAGGAAUAUCCCUUCUUGGGCACUACUCAGGACACUGUGGAGAACCUGAAGACGACUGACAAGUUAUAUGCUCUUAUGCGUGCUGCUGCAGAAGUUGCUGGACAAGUAGCUCUCAGGCUGACCCAUGAUCAUGAGCUCUUCCUGGACUUUGAGAGAUACAGUGAUGAACUGCUAGCAUUCCAGGAGAAGUUUUUGCCCUACGAUCGGGAUGUGAAGGCGCUGGGGCUGACCUUGAACUGGCUGUUUUUUGCCCGUGGUGACUUCCAGCGAGCUACAGAUGCACUGAGAAGAGACAUUGCCAACAGUGACCGGGAAAACAGGAUUGUCCGCAGAGCCCUGAAUGACAGGAUCAUGAAGGUGGAGUAUGACUUCCUCUCCCCAUACCUCUCGCCAAAAGAUUCUCCCUUUCGCCACAUCUUCUUUGGCAAAGGCUCCCACACCCUGCAGAGCCUGCUGGAGAACCUGCAGCUACUGAGAACCAGCAGGGACAGCGUGGAUGUGAACAUGCUGAAAGAGCAGCUGGCCCUGGCAACCUGGACCAUUAAAGGGGCUGCCAAUGCCUUAGUGGGUGAUAUCUGGGAUACAGACAACGAAUUCUAGACACGGCAAACACCUGGUUAAGGUACAGGAUUAGGGAAACCCACUCCCUAACAUGGCAUUAUUUUUCUGUAGAUUUUCUGGCAACAAAUCUCUUGACC